AUGUUGAUCGAUCCUAUGAUCUACUCACAUUUGAAGUAUGCGACAAUUGAUUCGAACAAUUCAGAUUAUCCUCAUCAUCAGGGCCCCGAUGGAGAUUUGGUAGCGAAAAUCAAAAAUUUUCAACAACGCAUAGACUUGUCUACACGUGCCAUGAAGAAUCUUCAAUUGGUAUUAGAAUUUCUAAGAGAAUAUCAUCCUAGAUCACUCUCAUUAUACAAUCUAUUGAAUAAUAUACAAAGCAAUUUAAUCAAUGAAGAAAAUUUCUCAUCGAUCGAACUCUUUGUCAAUGAUCCAGUUCGAAUAAAAUGUGUAUUGCUUAUUUACUCACAAAUUACUUCAGCCUCAACAGAUAAAAAACCGACUAAGACGAUUAUUCGAUUUUAUUGUGAUGAGAAAGACAAUGAAAUACUUCUUUCUAUGUUAAAGCAAUACAUUCCAGAGCCAACAACAGAAAAAAUCUUGAUAAAGGCUUGCGAUCAGCGAUUUUCACUUAUCGUACAAGAUCACUUUCGUAAUCUUGGCUUGAGUGUUUCCUAUAUACAUUCGUGUUAUCAAAUGAGUUAUUCAAAAGAAACGAUAGAAAAUCAAAGAAUAACAAUGAAACAUUCCUAUCCUUCAGACAUUGCUAUUCGACCAUUAUCAAUAGCCGAUGCUGAUAUUGUUAAUGAUAAUUGGGCAUAUAAAGAUGAGUUUUCUUUAUGUCGAAUUAAAUAUCAAAUUGAACAUUUACCAACAUUGGGUGCGUAUUGUGAUGGACAGUUGAUGAGUUGGUGUUUGACACAAUACGACGGAUGUAUAGGAAUGGCUUUUACAAAACCUAGUGCUCGUCGAUUUGGUUUACAAUCAUUAUUAGUAACUUAUCUCGCAUUUGAACUACUAAAAUAUCAAGAACAUAUUGUCGAUUUUGUUGCGUGUGAUAACGAUAUUUCAUUGAAUAUGAUGAACAAAAUGGGAUGGAAGAAUGUAUGUCAAAUGGAUUGGAUUGGAUUCGUUGGAAAAUCAAAUAAAAUCCAAUGA